AUGAAUCCUAUACGGAUGCAAUUCAUGCGAGAAAAACUGCUAGAGUCGGCACGGGAACACCAGGACGAAGAUUCUUGCGAGGCUUCGGAAACGUUUGCUGGCCUUGAUAUCCUUGAUAUUGGUUGUGGUGGAGGAUUGCUUUGCGAGAGCCUUGCCCGCUUGGGUGCAAAUACCCUCGGCAUAGACGCUUCGUCUUCUAAUGUUGCCAUUGCCACGCAUCAUGCCUCAGCUGAUCCUAGUUUGAAUCUAUCUUCGCACUCCCCGGCGCAUAAAUCGUCCCGGACAAGUCCAGGAAUGUUAUCUUAUGCACAUACCUCUGCUGAAGAUCUCCUAGCCGCGCAAGGACCAAAACAAUUUGAUGUGGUCUGCGCAAUGGAAGUAAUUGAGCAUGUGGAUAACCCUAGGCUCUUCUUGAACGAUUGCGCCCAGCUCGUCAAACCCGGCGGUCACUUGUUUAUCUCAACAAUUGCACGCACACCGCUUGCUUACUUCCUCACAAUCUUCGCAGCAGAACAAAUGCUCCGUCUUGUUUCGCCCGGCACACACACUUAUUCAAAAUACAUUAACCCAAACGAGCUUAUUGAUUAUUUCCAUCAAUACAAGGGUCCCGAACGUGAAGUGCCUUGGAUCACGCGUCUGGUAAAUGGCAUUCCUUUGCGUACGGAGGCUGAAACCAGAGGCAUGGUCUACCUGCCCUGGAAGGGCGAAUGGUCGUUAAUUCCGCGUCAUGCUCUCGGUGCAAAAUGGGCCGAAGGUUGUAAUUACUUGUUCUGGGUGAGGCGGCCUACAGAAUGA